AUGAUCCCGCCCUGCGAUCCAGCCAUUCUUGAGAACAAUCCCCAGUUCAGACAUCUUUAUGAACAAGUGACUACAAAGUUUCUCAACCAGGAUGGUUCGACGCGCGCCAAUGAUGCACAGCCGGCAAGAAAGGCACUUUUGGAAGAAUUGAACGACUGUCGUAUCCGCGAUGCGAGGAAGAAGAUCACAAAGCAGGCAUUGCGACGAUUGGCGUUUGACCCCGAUAGCGAGCUUCCCGACGAGUGUCGAGACCCCGCAGCCAUCGUAUACCUCUACCUCGAAUCUCGCCCCGAUGUGAUCAAUCUUCCUGCGGACCACGACGAUCAACCCGACACCGACACCCUCCAACUCCUCACUCCAGACAUCGACCUAUUCUACUCCAGCCUCCCCGACCUUGCUGAGCCUCUUUCCCGCAUAUUGCUGGCCGAUCUCGAUGAUCUACGCGCAAUCACAGACGCAGGAACCGACUCAGAUGCAUCGGCCGCCGCCGGUCCUCGUACCCGCGCCCGCACGCGCCAGACAACCACCGGCAGCAGAAGAACCGCAGCGCAGCAGAUCACUCUCUCCUCGCGGCUGGACAAGCGCAUCCAGGCCCUGCGCCAUAUACAACUGAGCGAAUUACCCGCAGCGCGGACCCGCAUGGCUGCGACAGCUGCCGAAGUUCUGGCGACGCGGGCCGCGGUGCUAGAACGGACGGUGAUGCUUCUGGAACGGGCGAAACAUGGGGCAUUCGCGCGGGCCACGAAGGCCAAGGCAGAGCAUUUGGCCACGGUCGCGCAGGGGCUGGAAGGCAGGCUCAGUGUUAUGAAGCUGGAUAUUUCGGCCUCGAUCCAUACCCCGGAGGUUGUUGCGGCGCUUGGUCGGUACUGGGAUCAUCUUGAGGAUACGCGGGAGCGUCUGGAAGAGAGGCGUACGGAAGCAUUGGAGGAGUUGAGAGCGUAUGGUCUUGUGGCAGAGGAAGAAUCCGAUCGAGAGGAGGGCGCGUCUGAAGAUAUAAUGCGCUCCGAGCCCGAAACCAUGCAAGAGGUUUACUGUCGAUACUGGACCCUGAUUCGAGAGGUGGAGAAGGUGAGAGGCGAGGCACGGCAGAUGGGCGAAGAAUUUAUACCAGUCCAAACACAACCCCAACCCACUCACAACUCCUGUCCACACAACUUCCAAAUCGAAAUGGCCGACGACGCGAUCUCCAUCUACGACGAAAUCGAAAUCGAAGACAUGACCUUCGACCCCAACCUGCAGAUCUACCACUACCCGUGCCCGUGUGGCGACCGGUUCGAGAUCGCGAUCGACGACCUCCGCGACGGCGAGGACAUCGCCGUCUGUCCUAGCUGCAGUCUGAUGAUCCGGGUGAUUUUCGACGAGGCUGAUCUCGUUAAGGAUGACGAUAAGAACGGAUCCGCUGGCGCGGUUGCUGUUCAGGCUUGA